UUGUGUUUCGGUUUGAAGGACGUCGUAGCUAGUGAAACCACUGGGAAUAUGAGACUUUACAUCUUAUGUCUCAAGGUGACGAGCGCAAUUAUAGUGCCGCGCAGAAUAUUCGGAUUUUUCAAGAAUCCUCUGCAUUGUAAUGGGCAGUGCAUAUCAAUUACCAUCAGCUGAAUAUCCUGCUCGUCUCGUGCCCUUAUUGUCAUAAAAAAAAACACCUGGUAAAAAUUGUACUUAAUUAUUCGACCAGAACUGCACAUCGGCUGCUGUUUCCCAAGUCAUCACAACUGAUAGUAUCAUCCAAGUGUCCGGAGACCAAACUGUUAAUAAUACCGGCCAAGGAUACCGACGAGUUGGACAUCAUGGAAGACGAAGUAGACGACCUACAGUGUGAAUUGGUAUCAAAUGCCUCGUCACUCUGCCUCUACCACAAAGCAGUAAGAAAGUUCUCAUUGGAAUCGCGAAACAAGAGCGCCAUGCGGAUACGCAAUAAGCGACGCCGGGGAACCAGACGAGUCAACUACCGGGAGUCAGUGUGGGAUAGAAAGCAGUCAACGGCUGGGCUAGUAAUAACCGCAUCGCAGAGUGACAAGGAGUUUUCUAAAUACUAUAAACCAAAUUAUGAUGAAAUGCCUGAAAGACUAGAAAAGACAAAGGAGCAAAGUGAAACACAAGAUAGUAGAUCGCGUGUGGAAUCUGAACAAGAGAUUUUUAACACAUCAUUUUCUAAGAGUAAACGAAAAUCAUCUGAUCAUAAGUAAAUAUAGCUUUAAUAAAAAUAUAUAUUUUACUGAUAUCUUUAUAUAGUAUUAAAUCAUGUUAAAUUGUUAAAUAAAAACAUU